AUGUCCUUCGGCCGACCAGGGAAUGCCUCGAUCUCCUUUUCUGCUACUGCUCCGGGUAGGUUGUAGUUGUUCGUUCUUUUUUGGAUGCGGUGAUGUGUGCACAAGCUCGAGGAACGCUGAUGCUCGAUCGAGGGUUGCGAAACCUCUCCCGCUGGCGUGGGUGGGAUUCCCAAAAUCAGAACGAGGCUCUUUCCCAUUAGAUCAUGAAGGUUCGUCAACCACUACGGGAAAAAUUGGGACCUUUUUGAUUGAUCCCUCAUUUUUUUUCGACCUGGAUGAAUGGUAUGGGGUUCGACCGCCGCCAGGGGAAUGCAAAAGUUUCAUGAACCGUUACCUCGAAUGCAUGAAGCAGAGUCAACAAACCUCCACCGCUUGUAGGGGUUUGAGUAAGCAGUAUUUGGAAUGUCGGAUGCAGAGGUAGGUCGUUUUUUUGUUUUGUUUCGUAGUAGAGUGGGGGAUGGGAGCUGGUCCAAGAAAAAAGAAAAGAAAAAAGAAAAGGGAGCAAGGCUGAUUUGGGGAAUGUGUGUGUGUGUGUGUGCAGGGGUUUGAUGGAGAAAGUCGAAUGGGAGGAUUUGGGCUUUCAUGGUGAUGAACAAGGGGCGGAAGCGACGGCAGUUGGGGAGACUGCGGGGGCGCAACCGACAAAGAGGAGUACACAUGGACCACCGUCGACAACCACACCGCAAGGAGAGGAGACAGGGACUGGAGCAGGCACAGGGACAGGGACAGGGACAGGGAGGCAGGUCUAG